AUGAUAAGUCACAAAGAAUGGCUGAUGGAUAUUGAUACAUCAAGAAGGAUCAAGAUUAGGUAUGUUGAUGAUAGAACUUUGGAAGCUGAGGGAGCUGACAACAUAGUGAUCAAAAGAAGGAAUGGAAAAACAACAGAAAAUGACGUGUUGCAUGCUGAAUCAAAAGAAGAAGGUUUAGAAUUGCAGAACCAGUUGAAUACAACUCAAGAAGAUCUUAAGAAAACAAAGGAACAAAUUCUUCAGGCUGAGAAGGAGAAGGUAAAAGCUAUUGAUGAGUUGAAAGAAGCACAAAAAGUGGUUGAAGAAGCAAAUGAGAAACUCAGGGAAGCAUUGGUGGCUCAAAAGCUGGCUAAUGAGGAAUCUGAGAUUGAAAAGUUCCAAAAGAAACAUUUUAAGGAAAUUGGUAUUGAAGUUGUCUCAUCGGACGACGACUCAACUCAAUGUAGCAGUGCAUUUGUUGAUACCGUCGCUGUUGAUCUUGAACUUCAUAAGUCAUACUUAUCUAGUCAUUCUAGUAUAGAAGAAAUUAAACAAGCUACUUCAAGUUCCUUGGAGUUUCAGUCUUCUGAACUUAACACUGACGAGGAUUCUAGUGAAGAUGAGUCCAUGACAAAUGAUCUGAUAAAAAGCAGUAAAGCUGAAAGGGAGAGAAUUCUAGUGAAUGAAGUGUUGGAACCAACAACCAGGUUCAUUAAAGAAAACGAUGUUAGUAAUGUUGAGUUUAAGUCUACCAUUCAUGAUUAUGUUGAUAGGGAUGAUGAGAAAGUGCCGGAAUUGGUUCAUAUUGUCGAGGUUGAUGGUCUAGGUUCUGAUGAAGUUGUCUCGAAUGAUAAGGUGUUGAAGAAGUAUAAGAAGGAUAAGAAAGAUAACGUUGAUAAAGUGAAAGAGGCAAAAAGGAAGAAACUCGAAUUAAGGGAGAGUGUUAAAAACCAAGAACGUUCUUGGUUUAAGUGUUAG